UUUUGUUGAAAAACAAAAACAAAUAUAUUUUUAUUAUUUCCAGCCGUUCUUGCCAAUUUUUUUUUGUUUUGACCCUCAAUAUUUUGCUUCAUUUAUUUGCAAAAACAUUUUCCCGUACUUUUUUUCUUUUUAUUUAUUUUUUCCCUUUUUUCUUUCUCUUAUUUUUAACGCUGGCUGGGUACAUCCUUUUCGUGUCUGGUCGCAACACCCGCACGCUACCCCGUGCUGGUCUGUGCCUGCCUUUUUUUAUUUUUUUUGUGUUUUCCUUCUUGAAUAGACAUUUCCCCUCAAAACAUUAAAAAAAUGAGGCGAACGGAGAAGAAAAAAAGGAGGGAGGAGGGAAUGUUUGUGUGUGAGAAUUUUUUUACUUCCACAAGAAAAACAUUCUUUGAACUCUUUUUUCGCUCCGCGUGGGGUCAUUUGUAUAUAUAUUUGGUGCCAGCUACAAACAAAAUUUUCUUUUUUUUAGUCUGACUGGACUUUGUAGAAUGGGAAGGAUUUUUUAAGAAAGAUUUUUUAUAUUUAAAGUCUUUGUAAUUUAUUUAUUUUUACAUUUUAAAUUAAAAAAAACUCAUUUCUCUAUUUCGCGCAACAACUAAACAUUUAAAUUAUUUUAUAGCUUAUUUAAAAAUUCUUAAAAUUAUUUAAAUGACUGCGGAGUGUCGACAAGCAACAAAUAAUUGUGGCCUUUUUACUUCUGAUAGACUGGCAGAAAUAUGGGGCAAUACUUCCACCGAUCUUGAAAACAACAAAACCAAAAAUUUUAAUAAUGAUUUUGAUUCUUUAUCUUCGUCUUUUGAUGGAUUUUCUGAAUUAAAGAUUUCCUCUUCUCCUCCACAUUUUUCUACCCUUUUAAAUUCAUCAACACAACCAAAUAAAUCUUCCCAAAAAUUGGCUCAAAGUCGUUUAUAUUCGUGUUGGUCAAUGCCUGAACAACAACAACAACAAAAUUGUUUUGAAGAAAAAGAAGGAAAACAAUCUUGGAGGAAUAUUUGGGAUUGGGUACAAAAUAAUGGAGAUAAUAUUAACAACAAAAUAGAAGGAACGACAAUUCUGGUUUCUGAUCAACAAGGAAAAAAUGAGAAUUCCUUUACUCCCGCUACCUACAAAAGUCCAGAAAAGUUUGUUGCCGAAAAUAUAAUUGAUCAACAACAACAGCGUUCUAAUAGUAAUACAAGUUUUGAGGGAGGCUCUUCAUGUAAUAAUUCUUUUACUUCUUCACUUUCUGCUAACGACAACAACAAUUUUUAUUUUCAAAAACAAACAAAUGAUUUGGAAGGAUAUAAUAAUAAUUAUUGGGAAAAUAAUUCUUCUUCUUUUGACCAAUCUUUGGCAACAACAAAAUCAGCAACACUUCCCCCACAACCUCUUUCUGCUUUUCGUCCAUUUCAUCAACAACAAAAGCAAAAAUCGCUUUGGUCAGAACAAUUGGAAGACAAAAAAGAAUUUGUUUAUCAACAAAAACAGCAACAACAACAAUAUUUUGAUAAUCAAAAUUUGAAAGGAUUUGGAUCUUGGCCUUUAAUGAACAAUUUUGAACAACAAAAACUACAAUUUCAGAAUGGGGAUGAAAUUAAGCGUCCAAUUCCAACACGUUUCCGUCCAAUCAUUGGGCAACGACCUUAUACUGAAGAAAAUAAUAAUUUACAACCUGCUCCUUUAUUCAAUGCUAAUUCUUUUGUUAGUCAAACACCCCAACAAAAACAACAAAAAGAACAACAACAUUUUGUUAAUUCUAUUAAUUCUUCCCCAAUUUCAACAAAAAAAGAAGAAAAUAAAACAACAAUUCCUUUGAUUUCUUCCCGUUCAAAAAGUAAUAGUUGUGAUGAAAAUGAACUUCGUUUAUAUCAUAAACAUUUGGAAUUACAACAACAUAUUUAUGAACAUGUUUAUUCACAAAUGAUUGGGAUAAUUAAUUCUACUAAUGGAGGAGUUCAACAGAUAAACAAUUCCCCCCAACAACAACAAACGCCUUUAAUUUUAAAACAACAACAAAAUCAAUUUAAUGAAUUAAAUGUUUGUUUAGAAGAAUGUUCAGAACAAUAUAAACAAUUAGAAAAAGAAAGGAAAAAAACUGAAGCAGAAUUAGCUCGACAUAAUUUGGGGAAAAGAAUUAGUUCUGCAAAUAAUUUACCAAUUCCAAGAUUGCCUCCAGCACCAUCUCGUGUUGAUCGUUUAAUUGUUGAUUUUUUUCGAGAACAUGCAAGAAUGGUAACUUUGUUAGAAAAAAUGGAACAAUUAAAAGAAGAUUUAAUAAAUGAAAAUAUUCAUAAAAUCCAUAGAGAAUUUUUGGAUUCAAUAAAAAUUUUACAACAAACGAGGCUUAAUGAAAGAACUGCAAUUUUACAACAAUUGAGAGGAGGUGGAGGAGGAGGACAUUAUGACGAGAAAAGAGAAACUGCCAACCUACUAAAUGCAUUGAAAGUUGUUAGUAAAGCUGUUUUGCGUAGUAGAAGUGCUAAUUGGUGUUCAUUAAUUUGGACAAUAGGUGCUGAUGGACCUCAACAAAAAGAUGAAAUGGAAAAAAUUGUUGAAAAUAAUUAUGAAUUGGCACCUCCAGAAAUUAAAUUAAGACCGUUAUAUAAUUUUUAA